AGCAGCCGCAGGAGCGCAAGGUUUAGGCGUGGAGAGCUUUUCGGGCAGGAUUCUCAGACGUAGCGUCAGUUUGACCGAGGGAGUGUUAGCGUCGGGACGCCCGGCGUCGUCAUAUCGAGUCGCGUGGUCUGCGUCGUCCUUGUUUACACGCUAUUCCGUCGUGUGUGAUAUGAUUGUGUGAAACGUUAUUCUGGAUUUUGCCGUCGUACUUUAAAUCGGUUUAUGAGGCAGCCGCGUCAUAAGCACAUGUAAUCCCAGAGAGUAUGUGGAAAAAGUGAUAUCGGGGAUGUUUUCUGUGCGUCUCGGUCCAUCGUUGGAUGCGCUUUCAAAUUAAGACAGUGCAAAACAGACAUGGUAUUUCGGACGACAUGAGAUCUAGGAUAACCGCUGCACUGCAAUGGAUAAAAUUCACCGUGCUCUUUGCCAUAGCCGUUUCUGCGAUAGGCCAGGCAGAAACCAAAACACACACCCGCCAUCCGCACAGUGGCAGUGCUCAUCGACGCUCCACCAGAGCUGACACCAGGACGAAUCUGAGCUACGAAAAAACGUCAUCUAGCGGCGAGGAAUACACGCAAACUUUCGCCAAACAAAACACAAAAAUCGUGUUGGACUGCGCGGUCAAUAUCAACUUUAGUACUAGUAUAUGGUUGAAGGACGGACAAAUAGUUGUCACGGUAUUGAAAGACAAUACGAACAAUAAAAGAGUGAUCGGUCAUCGGUUUUUAGUGGAAGCUAGCGGGAAUCUGUUAAUUGACAACGUGCGGUUAGAGGACGACGGUAAAUGGCAGUGCGAAGCCGAAGAUGCUUUCGGAUUUGUCGUGCAAGGGAAGCCGAUACAACUCACAGUUCUUGACGCUCCAAAGAAGGCCUAUCUCAUGAUUGACAACAGAAUCCUGGAUCCCGGCAACCCCUUCAUCCCCGUCAAGGAGAACGCCGACUUAACUGUGUCGUGUGUAGUCGACGAGGGCAACCCCAAGCCUUCUCUGACUUGGGAGCUUACAUUGGGCUCCUUGGCUUUGCUCGAUGCACCUGAAGUGCCCCUAGAGGUACUUAACUUGACGGAGACGGCCGUUGACCAAAAGGUUGGAGCUCGAAAUGACGCUCACUUGGCAAAAGUGCUCAGAGCGCAUCACAACGCAACCCUGACAUGUUUUGUGAGGCAUAUAGCGUUGGAGAAACCCCUGAAUGUAUCAGUGCUGCUCAAUGUUCAAUACACCCCUUCAUUCGCCAUAUCGCGAGAACCAGGCUUUGGGUUUUUGAUCCGGGAAGGGAUGCCCGUGUCCCUAAAAUGUGACGUCGAUGCUAAUCCCAAGGCCAAACCAAUAUGGCAGAAAGACGACGGAGAUCCGUCGGUGCAACAAACUCCCGACGGGUUUCUCAACUUUACCGAAAUAAGGCGAGAGCACAGCGGGUGGUACAAGUGCAUAGCGAGGCACAUGCUGGGCAGAUUUAGCAGCAUCGGAUAUUUUUUGAAUGUCCGUAAGUAUAAUGAUAUGGAGGUAACUCAAGAGCCCGACUUCGAUAUCGGCGAGCUGAGUUCAACCGGAAGGCAAGUGGAAGUUUCGCUGGGUGGAGCUGUACAACUUGCAUGUCCUCCUGGCACCAGUGGUUGCUGGACGAGAGUGGAAGCAGGCACGGGUCGACUGGAGCCUAUAGGGGCUUCUCAGGAGCUUAGGCUUGAUAACGUCAUUUACCAGGAAGGCGGAGAAUACAGAUGCGUCGCACCGAGUAGAGACACCACGAAAAAACUGGACGCUAUAAGGAACGCUUUGACAGUGGAAGUAGUUGUAACAGGGCGACCAACUGUGACUCCAACGAACAAAAGCAUUACCGCAGUUUACGGUCAACCGCUGACGUUAACCAUGGACUUUUGUGCCAACCCCCCUUAUAAUAAAAUCCUUUGGAUAGCGAAGAACCGAAAGGUUUAUAGACCGGGGGAUGCGGAUAAGAGUGUCAUAGCGUACGGGAUAACAAACGCAUCUACACCAAGUUGUCACCAAGCUGUGCUCUUUCUAACGAGAGUGACAACGUCGGAUGUGGGUGAAUACAACUUCAUAGUCCGUUCGUCAAAUGGCUUGGCAGAAGGAAAUUUCAACGUCAAUAUGACUUACGCGAGCGGCUACAAUGUUCUGUCCCUAGACGAAGACGGCACUUCAUCGUCAUCAGGAACAAAGAUCUCACUCCAGAUUUUAACCGCAACGUAUAUAAAUGUGAUUCUUUCAAUACUAAUAAAGUGUUAAUUUUUCGACUGAUUUAAGUUACGGAAAUUUCAGCAGUAACCUAUAUUUGUAGCAAUUCAUUACAAGUUUUAUAUAAAUAUUUUCGUAAAAUCCGGUUAAGAAAGCAAGAUCUGCUUCUAUUAUAGAAAAUAAAUUCUAAUUUAAUAUUGCAAAAGGUGUAUAUUUGUUGUAAAGAAAAGUCUUACUUUUCGCACUAGUAAAAAUAGGACUUUUCGCGCGGUAAGUGGUGCAAAAAGUAUCAACUUUUUGCACGAUCGUAGAAAAUAUUUUUUUUAAUUUACAGUUUUUUUAUUGUUUUCGCAAAAAUGUAUAAAUUUGUUAAUAGGCGGAGCUUGAAUGUAAAAAAUGUAAGGAAAUUAAAUAUAUAAUAAAUUAUACGUCCAACAGAG